GGUUUUUGCGCGAGCGAGCGAGCGCACGUUUACGUUUGGCGUGCAUUGGAAAUCAAAUUACAUCGUUGUCUCGAGCGAUUUUUUUUCUUCUCGUCUCUCCGUACAUCUUCGUUCUAUUCGAACGCAAUUGAAUGCAGCUUUUCGUGCAAUGGGCAGUGACAUUGAAAAAAAAGUUGUGUACAGCAUAGAACUACAAUUGUCUUCGCAUUCUCUAUCCGUUUUUGGUUUCGCGUUCCCGUUACUCUCACAUUCAGUUUGCACAACAGCACCGAGAUAGUACACGUCACACAAUUACUGAUAUACUAUAUUCCAUCCAUAUUUAAUGCCGCCCAAGUUAUCGUAUUCGUCUAAUUGAACCACACCAUACACGAUACUAUAUCGUACGUCACACACACUCGCCGUUUCCAAAUGUAUUCAUUUUUCAAACGAAUUUAAUUAUACGCGGCUACUCGAACGCUUCGAUUGGUUUGCAUAAAUCGUGUGAUUUUUUUUUUUGCUGGUUCGGUUUUUCGUGUAGGGACUUUAAUGAGCACAAUAUUUCUAAAAAAAGAUUGUAAUAGAACCCCCAAUAUACUCUAUUUAAUUUGGCGUGCAAAAAACAACAACGCAUAAGCUCAACACUUAACGAUGAUAGCUCAAGUUUUCAUCAUUCGACCAGAGCGCAAUUUAUUUUGAUUCGAUCUUAUCGAAACCAGCAAGCAUCAAACUAUCAAUUAAAAAAAAACAUAUAUAUAUAAUUCGCAAUUGUAUAUUUUCUCUGCAUAAAUUUGAAUAUUUCGUGAAAUUAAAAGUGAACCGAACGAAAGAGAAGAAAUGAAAAUCAGCGAGAGACGGCAAUUUGAGGUUAGACUCAUGGUAACACACAGGGCGCAUAUGUGUUGUUCCGAUAUAAUUGGCGCUGUUCUCUUAGAUAUACACAGUAUAGGACCAUCUGUGUGUGCACGCAGCGAACACCCAUACACACACGCACGCACACAUACGGACACCUAUACACACUCACUCAACAAAUGAAUUGUGGUUCAUUUUUAUGCUGUUUGUUUUCGUUGUUGAUCGAUCGAAAGCGUGUUUCAAUUGGCGUCACUCUUUGAUUUUGUUGUUGCUUACCAUUUUGAUAUUACUUUGGGCAAGACUGUACACUAAAUAUAUUUACAUUUAUUAAAGGCCUAAACAAAAAAAAAGAUCUAAUUUAAAAACAAAAACCAAAAUCAGCAACAACACCUACUAAAUAAAAAAAAAACGAAUCAACUUUUUGACAUUUAAACACAACAACUAAAAAAAAUCGCUUACGAAAUUUUUUCUUUUGAAAAAAAUUCAUCAAGUUAAAUAAAAACGUUAAAUAAAACUAAAAAAAAGAAUUAUAAUCAACAACAACAACAAAAACCAAAAUCAGUUACUGUGUGCAAAUUUACAAAAAAAAAGAUAACGAAAGAGAUUAAAAUUGACAAAUUGUUUUAGUUUUAUAUAUAUAUACAUUGAUUUUAAUUUUUUUGUUCGUUCGUUCAUUCUUGGCAACAGGGAAAUUCUAACGCAAUUAUUUUACAAAUUUUAUUAGAUUACAUAGCAACUAAAAGAAAAGUUAAAAAAUACACACACACACACAAGUUAAAAGCAAAGGAGAAAGCAACCAACCAAUAAAUAUUUUUAAUUGAUAAUAACUAGUUAAAACAUUUAAAACAAAUAAACUGCAACAGCAACAACGUAUUAAGUGGAGAAAGAACGGAGACGGAGUUACACUACUAAUAAAUACAACAUCCUAAUAUCGUAUCAGACAUCUACUCUGAACACAAACACAAAACAAAAAAACUAUACUAUUUUUUAUGAUUUUUAUUUUUUGGUCGUAAAUUGUUGGACUUGUAUAGUAUUUAGUCAUUUAUUGAUAUACAAACAUUAAACACAACAACAAAUCCUACAAAAAAGCAUUCAAACCAAGACACAAUAGACUUUUGACAAAACAACAUUAAAAAAAACUCACGGGAUAAAUUCAACUAAAUCUGUAAAGUUAAAUCUAAUAAACAAAAUAAUCACGCGUGCACGCGGUAUUUUUUCCUCUUCGAUUGAAAGUUGCUUGAUAAGUUUCGCGGUACAAUUCGUUGAUUGCGUUAAUCGUGUGAUUCGAACAACAACAACAACAACCACACACAUUACCUUUCGGGACGAGACUGUAUCUGUCUGAAACAUUGGAUUGAGCAAUGGCAUCGGCUGAUAUUUUUAGCAGUGUCGCAGCAACGGCAGUGCCACCAGCUACAAUUACAACCACUGAAGCAACGCUGACCGCACUCAUCGAAACCACCGUUGAACCGUUGACCAUCAACGAUAUCAAGAUGUUUGAAUCGUUGGAUCUGGACUCGUCGGGCAGCAGUGGCAUUGGCAACAGUAACGAAGCCAUCAUCGAAGGUUCAUUGGAUGAAACCGAUUCGUUGCUGGAAGAGCCCAAUCAAUGCUGCAAGAUUUGCAAGGAGAAGUUUCGUUCGCCACGUGUUUUGUCAUGCUUGCACGUGUUCUGCGAAGAAUGCAUCGACGGUUUGAUCGAGGAGAACGAGGAUCCAUUGACAUCCAACACCUCAAUCGAAUGUCCGGAAUGUAAUCAAACGAUGGUCGUCACCGGAAAGGCUGCAACUCUUUCGCCGGACUAUGUGUUGACCAACAUUUUGGAUUUGUCAUCGAUGGAACCGGGCGCAUUGCAAUGUACAUCAUGCAAAAGCGCUGAAACGGCCAUCUCGCGUUGCAAUGAUUGUGCAAAUUUCCUGUGCGCCAGCUGUGACAACGCCCAUAAGUACAUGCGCUGCUUUGAAAACCAUCAUGUUGUCAUCUUGGACAAGCUACGCAGUUCCGAUGAAAAGGUUGCAAUCCACAAACCAAUCUUCUGUGCCACGCACAACAGCGAAAAUCUCAAGUAUUAUUGCUUCAAAUGUCAAGUGCCCGUUUGUAAUGAUUGUGUGGUGGGCGAGCACAAGGGUGCCGAACAUCACUAUGAAUUGAUUGGCGAAGCGGAAAAACUCAUGCGCACCGACAUUGAAGAGCUUAUGACUAAGGCCAAAAGUAAAAUUAAUUACUGUGAUGAUGCAUCGACCAGCCUGGGAAAUGCAUUGACUGAACUACAAAAUCAACAUGACACCGCUCAUUCAACGAUCACCGACACGUACAAACGUUGCAAGAAAAUCUUGGACGAAUGUCGUGACCAAUCGCUCAAAGAUUUGGAUCGAUUGCAUUCCGAACGUGAGCUUAAAAUCAUGGAUUUGAUGCACAACGUGGAAAAAAGUGUGGAAAAAACGGAGGCCGCCUGUAAAUUUACCAACAAAUUAUUGCAGGCGUCCAAUGCGACCGAAUUUUUGUGCAUGAAAAAAAUGAUUGGCGCCCAAUUUUUGCAAUUGAUUUCGGACACACCAAAAGCCGAUGUUCAUUUCUCAUUGGAAUUCGACUCGAAAGUGGAGAAAUUCGAGCAAUUGGCAUCGGAUGCUUUUGGCAAGUUUCGCACUGAAUCGACACCACCAAGUCCCAAAGAAAGUACACCGCCGCCAACGCUUCCAGGUCUACCACCGACAUUGAAUAAGUCAAACAUUCCUUGCAAUAGCUCGCAGAGCGCUCUAACCGGUUCGGUUACGGCCAGCAGCCCAAUUUCGAUGCCAACAUCGAUGCAGUCAUCGUUCGAUGGUGAUAUGUCGACCAUGGGCGCCAGUUUCUUGAUUCCACCGAGCGCACUCACACCGGACACCAUUGCCGUACAACCGCCAACGGCCGCCAGCAAUCACGUUCAAUCGAACGGUGCGAUCGCUUCGUCGGCUGUCAAUCAAAAUGGCGGCUCAGUAUUGUUGAACACAAGUAUUGCCGAAUACAAUUUGCACCGUUUGGCUAAUUUAGCCGAAUCAACUGACAUUCCCGAUGGUAUCGCGCCACCGUCUCAACCUAGUCCAGCUCCACAAUUCACUUUGGCAGAUCUCAUCUCAAAUGAACGAGCAUUUAACAAUAACUUACAAGCAUUGUGCAAACUUGGCAACUUCAACAACAACGAAAUGAGUACAAACGCCAUACCAAACCAUCGACCAGAUAGCGUGUCUUUGCUAACGGAUUAUUCGAUGCCAUCGUCAACAUCACCAGUUGGUACGAUUGCUUCGCUCAACGAAAAUAUGAACGGUUUGAAUGGCCUGAAUGGAAUCAACGGAAUCAACGGCAUGAACGGCAUUAAUGGCAUCAACGGUCAUGGUCUGAACUUACACGGAAACAACGUAACGAUUAAUGGACGCAUUAAGGCAACGCCGAUGCACAUUCGAUACAAGUUCGGUAGCCUGGGACCAUCACGCGUUCAAUUCAAUUCACCGCAUGGUUUUUGCUUGGGCGUCGACGAAGAAAUCAUUGUUGCCGACACAAACAAUCAUCGCAUCGAAAUCUUCGAAAAGGACGGCACAUUCAAGAUGCAAUUCGGUGUGCCAGGCAAAGAAGAAGGUCAAUUAUGGUAUCCAAGAAAAGUUGCCGUGAUGCGAUCGAACAGCAAAUUUGUGGUCUGCGACCGGGGCAAUGAACGAUCACGCAUGCAAAUCUUCACCAAAAAUGGUCAUUUCAUCAAGAAAAUUGCCAUACGUUAUAUUGAUAUUGUUGCUGGUUUGGCCGUAUCAAACGAGGGCCAUAUUGUUGCUGUUGACAGUGUAUCUCCGACUGUCUUUGUCAUCUCUGAAGAUGGAGAUUUGGUUCACUGGUUUGAUUGCAGUGAUCACAUGCGUGAACCAUCUGAUAUUGCUAUCAGUGGUACUGAUUUCUACGUGUGCGACUUCAAAGGGCAUUGUGUCGCUGUUUUCGGACAGGAUGGUUCGUUCAAGUAUCGCAUUGGCAAUGAAAAGAUAACAUGCUUUCCAAAUGGCAUCGACAUUUCUGACGCUGGUGACAUUUUGAUCGGUGAUUCACACGGUAACCGCUUCCAUGUAGCUUGCUUCUCGCGCGAAGGUGUUCUGCAGUCAGAGUUCGAAUGUCCACAUGUUAAGGUUUCACGUUGCUGCGGCUUAAAAAUCACAUCCGAAGGCUAUGUGGUCACUUUGGCCAAGAAUAAUCAUCAUGUUUUAGUGUUGAACACCCUCUAUAUCCAGUGAUUCGACGAGUCAAACACAAGCACACACACGCAUCGACAAUAAGUCGCUGAUAAGGAAUACGCUAAAACCAAACUGAUUUAACUGAUCUCUUAGUUAAUUUUAACAAUUUUACGUUUUUUUUUUCUCUCUCAAACCAGGAAGAAAAUAUCAAUUAAGUGAAAAAGAAAGAAAGUAAAAAGUAACAGUAGUAAUUUUACAAAAACAACACUCAUCCACUCACAAACACAUACACACAUGAAAAGAAAGAAGAAAAAAAAAUGAAAUAGUCAAAACAAAGAGAGCAAGAACACUAAUUCAAGCAAAAUGAAAACGAAAACGAAAAAGAAAUCCAAAAUGAACAUCAGUUGCAAAAUGGUAAAAGCAAAAGCCAAGCACGCUAACUCAGUAUCAAGCGAUAGAUUAAUUUUGUUCAAGACAAAGAAGCAAAUCUCCAUCGAUUAAUGUGUUCGUCAGAAGAAGAAAAUAGAAGAAAAAAAAAGAAUUUUUUUUUGUUGUUGUUGCAUGGCGACAUCAUUUUUAUCCAACUCUAUUAUUAUUAUUAUUAUUAUUUUUUUAGGGAUUUAAAAAACAGAAAAACCACAAAAAAAACAUUUUACGAAGAUUUAUUUUUUUGUACUAGUUACAUUAGUGUGCACCCGACCUUUGAAUUUCACUCUGCAUUUGUUAUAAAUCUAUCUAAUCAUAUACAUCUAUAUAUCUCGUCUUUAAGUAGGGAAACAAAGAAAAUAACACAUCCACACAGCAACAAGUGAAAUGAAUUUCUCGUGCAUCGCCAAAAUCGAAUUCAGUUGAUCGACAGAUCGAUAUAUAUACUUGCGUUCAAUGUAUUUUUUCUUAAACUUAAGAUAUUUUUUUUUUAAUGUUUUCUGUUUACUAUUUUUUUUAUUUUGUUUUUCUUAACAAUGUUCACGUAUUUUUCUUUAAA